AUGAAAAUUCCACAGUGUAAGCAAUUGUCACAUUGUGAGAUAGUGAAGUCAUUGAUGCGCGUGCCCACGCGCAAUAUAACUUCUGCAAUGAAACCGCAGUUCCAAAAAGUGCAUUCAUUUUUGACUGAAGCCGCACAGCAAUGUGAAAAAGAGCCUCAUACUGCCAUACUUGGCAGAAGCAUAGAAGGCGACAAGCCCAGCCCAACGCUUUGUACUCUUUGCUUCUUGGUCUAUUACCUCCUUCAGUAUCUAAACAAUGCACUUUUGCAAUCACCAUAUUUGGAGAUGAUUCCUGAUGCAAUUGGUAUGACGUGUGCAAUCAUUGCGGGAAUGCACGAGGACAUUCCACCACCUGUGUGUGACGCAUUACUCGCUGAUGGUGCUCUGUAUGCUCUUCUCAAAGCAAUUACCGACUCCAUGGGCUCAUUUUAUGACUUGAUCGCUGUUCAGGGAUUGGCGUGCCCCACUUAUCAAACCCUCUUUGGUGUUUGUUAA